ACUUUUUGGCUAAGAUCAAGUGUAGUAUCCGUUCUUAUCAUUUUAAUAUCUGAUAUGUGGGCCAUCGGCUCACACGAUAUUAAGGUAGGUUGCUACCUGGUCUUUCACGUGCCGCCCAUGCGUUGCACUACUGCACGGGCGUGACUCAACCCACUAAUAUUCGGUCAAUUUUAUUCUAUGUUCAAUCGAAGUUUUGCUAACUUAUUUACUAUUGUGUUGGCUUGCUCUUGGAAUAUUGUAAACCGGAUCAAUGUAGGUUAACAAUACCCUAGCCUAGAUUGGGAAAGGGUCAUAACUUUUAUGACAAGGUCAGCCUAAGUGGACAACCAGUCUGCAACUGAAUUUAAAGGAUUAUAAAAUUGACAACUUUUUAUAAUUGAUGUUCAAUGUCUUCCGUAGCCGCUUCAAUGAUCUAUAGAGGGUAACUGUAGGAGAUAUAGGUUUAACAAGGAAAGUCCAAUCUUAAUGAGAAAGUUUCAAACUCCAUUUCAUUGAAUAAAGAUAUACAAUAGAACCCUUGUUGACCUUUUCUUAUGUAGUCUCUUUCUGGUUUGUUUAGUUAACUCAUUAGAUCACUGUCAUUAUGAGGUUUCUGUUUCCAGCAGUGUCUUUAUGGACACAACUAUGUCUAAUGACCACUAAGACUUGUACUUUUCCUUGGUUUCAAAGAAGUUUCCGGGGAUUCUUUUAUGAAUUCUUUAAUCUUCAGCCAAACAUUGUUUCUUGAUUAUUCAUUCUUCUGGUGACUUGAUCAUAACUUUGUUGGCCUUGACCCAGAACUUUUCUUAUGAAAUGUAUCGUGAUGAGUUCAAGAACAUGCGGUUCAAUAUUCCUGGUUACAUUUUGUUGUUGCCUUCUGCUUCAGGCAGCUGAUUCAAAAACAGAUCCUUCAGAAGUAACUGCUUUGAGGGAGAUCAAAAGGAGUCUAAUUGAUCCUAUGAGAAAUUUAAGUAAUUGGGCAAAAGGUGACCCGUGCAAGUCAAACUGGACUGGCAUAAUAUGCUUCGAAAGCUCACAUGAUGAUGGACACUUUCACGUCCAGGAGCUCCGGUUGAUGAGGCUGAAUUUAUCUGGAGAGUUGGCUCCUGAAGUUGGCCAGUUAUCGUUUCUCGAAAUUCUUAAUGUGAUGUGGAACAACCUGACUGGGCAUGUUCCUUUGGAGAUAGGAAAACUCUCUUCCUUGAGACUCCUACUGUUGAAUGGGAACAAGUUCACGGGUAGUUUACCUCCUGAACUUGGUAAUCUUCAAAACCUAAACAGGCUUCAAGUAGAUGAGAACAACAUAACAGGUUCAGUUCCAACUUCAUUUGGAAACUUGAAAAGUGUUAAACAUCUUCACUUCAACAAUAACACGAUAACCGGAGAAAUUCCGGUUGAGCUAUCCAAACUGACCAACCUUGCUCACCUUAUACUGGACAACAAUAACUUGACUGGGACAUUGCCGCUAGAGUUAGCUGAAUUACCAUCAUUGACCAUACUUCAGCUGGAUAACAACAACUUCGAAGGUUCUGAGAUUCCAUUGGCUUAUGAAAAUUUUUCUAGAUUAGUAAAACUAAGCUUAAGGAACUGUGGACUGCAAGGAUCAAUUCCUGACUUAAGCGGGGUACGAAAUCUUAGCUAUCUAGAUCUAAGUUGGAACAACCUCACAGGCACUAUACCAGAAUCCAAGCUUUCCGACAAAAUGACAACAAUUGAACUUUCUUAUAACAACCUUAUUGGUUCUAUACCACCAAGUUUCUCGGAGUUGGGCUCCCUUCAAUUACUUUCACUUGAGAACAACAGUUUAUCUGGUUCUAUCACAACAGAACUUUGGCAGGACAAGUCUUUCGAGAACAACAGGCUGCAAGUUGAUCUCAGGAACAAUGACUUCUCUGAUGCCACAGGAAACCUGAGAACACCGGACAAUGUUACCCUAUAUCUUCGUGGCAACCCAAUAUGCAAGAGUACAAGCAUUCCCAUCGUUAAACAAUUCUUCCAAUACAUCUGCGGAGAGAAAAAGCAAACAUCUCCAAACUCAAAUACAACCUGCAGUAGUAAUGUGUCAUGUCCCUUUGAGAAUGUUCAAGUUUCCUCAGGAAUCUGUUUGUGUACAGCACCUCUCUCGAUUGAUUAUAGGCUAAAGAGCCCUAGCUUCUUUUUCUUCACUCCAUAUAUUAAACACCAAUUCAUUGAGUAUAUAACAACGUCGCUCCAGUUGGAAACUCAUCAACUAGCAAUCCAUAGACUUGUUAAUGAAAACAGGCUGCGUUUAAGGAUGUACUUAAAGAUAGUUCCAAAAGGCAAAAUGACAUUCAACAAGGAUGAAGUCAUGCGUAUCAGAGACAGGUUUAUGUCAUGGAGUUUUAAUAAAACUGACUUUUUUGGACCCUAUGAGCUGCUGGACUUCCCUCUUCAAGGACCAUAUGAUUACUCGUUAGCUCAAACGGGUGGAUUUAGCGUGGUUGUAUGGAUGAUGAUAGUAGCAGGCUCUAUCGUCGCUGCCACUGUCUUAUCAGUGAGUGCAACACUUCUAUAUGUUAGGAAACGUGGUGAGAGAACGCGUACAUUCACCAAAAAACGUGUUUUCAGGGCGAUAUCUCGGGAAAUCCAAGGGGUGAAGAAGUUCAGCUUUGUAGAACUGUCGGAUGCAACUAAUGGCUUUGAUAGCUCCACAAUGAUUGGUAGAGGUAGCUAUGGAAAGGUUUACAAAGGCAUUUUGCCAAAUAAAACCGAAGUUGCCAUCAAACGAGGAGAAGAAACUUCUCUGCAAAGCGAGAAAGAGUUUCUGAAUGAGAUCGAUUUACUUUCAAGGUUACAUCACCGGAAUCUUGUGUCACUGCUUGGCUACAGUAGUGACAUUGGGGAACAGAUGCUGGUUUAUGAGUAUAUGCCUAAUGGCAAUGUGCGUGAUUGGCUUUCAGCUACUGCUAUAGAGCCAUUGAGCUUCAGCAUGAGGUCACAUGUGGCUUUGGGUUCAGCUAAAGGGAUUCUUUACCUUCACACUGAAGCAAAUCCGCCUGUUAUUCACCGCGAUAUCAAAACCAGCAAUAUACUCUUGGACUGUCAGCUUCGUGCUAAAGUUGCUGAUUUUGGACUGUCACGGUUGGCUCCUGCUUUUGGGGAGGGAGAUGCUGAGCCCGCCCAUGUAUCGACAGUAGUGAGAGGAACACCGGGAUAUCUGGAUCCAGAGUACUUCAUGACUCAGCAAUUGACGGUGAAGAGCGAUGUGUACAGCUUCGGAGUAGUGUUGCUUGAGCUUUUGACUGGAAUGCACCCAUUCUUUGAGGGUACACAUAUUAUCCGCGAGGUGAGGAUGGCAUAUGAAUGUGGAACGGUUCUGUCAGUGGCGGAUCGUCGGAUGGGACAAUGUUCGCCCGAUAAAGUGAAGAAGUUGGCGGAAUUGGCGUUAUGGUGUUGUGAGGAUAGACCAGAGACGAGACCACCAAUGUCAAAAGUGGUGAAGGAACUUGAAGGUAUUUGCCAAUCUGUGCAAGAACCCGAUAUGUUUUCAGAAACAACGAAAUUAAUCUGCACCAAAACAUCGUCGUCAUCUUCUUCUGUACCCUCGCCAUUGUCUUUACUUCCUGGUAGUGACUUGGACAGUGGAUUUUUCCAUGCAGUAAAACCUCGUUGACAGAACUUUGUGUGAGAUAGGGGCUAACUUCAAACUAAUGAGAGUUGUAUAUCAUUAUAUUUAGGAGAUUUUAUGAAACCACUUCUGUUGUCCUGAUUGUAACCAGAGAUCAAAUUUCCCCAUUUAUUUGUUUUCGUAUUCUCUUUAGAUGUUAUAUACUAAAUCCAUGUCUUUAUGUACAACCACGGCCUUGGACAGUGUCUGGUCUGCUGGAGAUUCAAGUUUAACCAUCAGUGUAGAGAGUUACAUUCCGAGAAAAAGAAAAAAAAAAGAAUGAAAUUAUGAACAUAAAUGCAACAAUUCAAAAGGUUUGGAAUUUUACUCUCAAAACAAUAGAAGUGCAUAAAACAAAUCCAUGAAACACAAUCUAGGCAGGACAGGUAAGAGCUUAGCACGUUUGUAUUAGAAAACAGACCCCAAAAGAACAACAGUGAGAGGACAAGUCAUCGACUGUGAAGGUCGAUUAGAGCAGCGCUGAUCCGUAGAAAACAGCUUCUGCAGGACCCGUCAUGUAGAUAUGGUUGUCUUCUUGUUUCCACUCUAUUUCCAAUGGUCCGCCUGGUAGAUCCACCGUGCAUUUCUGUUCCACCAUAAACCAAUACACAAAAUAUAAGAGGAGCUUUUAACAUUUGUGUCUGUCACAUCUCUAUCGAGGAAUAAACCAAUAGUAGUAAGUGAGAGUGAAGAACCCCAAGAAAAGGAAUACAUGAUUCUCCCACAAGACAUGAAACCUAUUUAACCUCAGAUGAAUAUACAAGAAAUGAAAACUUCUUAGUAAGAUCAUAAUCUCAUCAAUCG